AUGCCGAGCGAUUCGAACGACCUACUUUUCGAAUACUGGUGGGGCAAUCCUUCCAACGAGAUCUUUCACGGUCACAUCAAAGUUGCUGCAUCUCCGGAAGCGUGUGUACAGGUCCAGGGUACUGAUGGAAGACCGGAGGCAUGUAUGGCCUUAGCGACUUCUGUCCCCUGUCACAUGUCAGCUCCUGAGUUUUGCGACUAUGUGGGCGCAUUUGGGGCGGAGACGCACCGGCGCUUUCGCCACUGCCGAGUCCUGCAUGGACAUAACAGUGAAGAAUACCUGCUUGCCUUGCUGAUGGCAUCACAAGAGGAUGUGUCAUGGUUGGUGAAUGAGUUUCAUGGAAAGCCUUACAAUGCAAUUGAGGCCAGUGUUUGCAGCUUGCAUGCCGUGCUGAGCAGUCAGACGGGAUGUUUGGAGGAUAAUGCAAGCCCUAAUGCAGAUCGAGGACUCCUCAAGAGAAGGUCACCUAUUUUACCACCUGCAUUGCCGCAGCAGGCAGUUGACCAUGACAGGUUCCAUUCACUAGCGAGCUGUUCGGCAUCUCCUUUGAUGUUGCCGUCUUCCGCGCCUGCCCCGUUUGAGCGCAAGUCAUCACCUUUAAUGUCGCCGUGUUCCCAGCCAGACGUUCCAGAGCUGUUCAUGGAAAGCGGACCUAGCAAUCAGAGCGCUGUUUCUCCAACCCCGACAGCUUCGGGAAAUGAGCGCUCCUAUUGUGCAGUGUGUUUCGAAGCAGUUGACUCCAACCCAGCGGAAUACCAACUGACUGAACUUGGUGGGGGUGUGCCGCUGACUAUCUUAUGCGGGCACACCUUUCAUGCUCGUUGUUUGUCACGCUGGUGCGAUAGCACCUGCCCGGUGUGCCGAUUUCAACAGCAUCCGUAUCAAACAUCGUCCUGUGAUGUUUGUGGGCAAGUGGAGGGGGUGCACAUUUGCCUGGUUUGUGGAUUCAUUGGUUGCACAGCACAGCCCGGCCAAGGGCAUGCCCAACAGCACUUUGAAGCCACGUCCCAUGCAUAUGCCCUGGAUGUGAACACCCAGCAUGUCUGGGACUAUGCCGGAAAUGGUUAUGUGCACCGACUGCUGUACAAUGAUCAAGAUGGUAAGAUGGUGGAGCACUCAGUUCCACAGGAUUCUGAUGAGUCCUUGGGUAUCUCGGCCCAGUCGAUCUUUGGAGGGCUUCGAUGGGCCGACAUGGAGGACGAUGACUGCGACAAGAUCGCAGCGCUCUUCACCCGAGCGUCCGCAUCCAGCAGUUCCUCCGGGGCCAAGAAGCAGGAAGCAAUUGUGGGUGAGUUCAACAACCUGCUUUCGUCGCAAUUGACGGCUCAGCGGCAGCACUUUGAUGAGCUGAGGCAGGACAUUGAGAAGCAGGGGGCCAUUGAAAUUCAGGACAUGGAGGCGCAAGUCAUGGCUGCAAAGCAAAAUGCAGAUGCUGUUGACAGGCAGUUGGCUGGUGCUCAGCAGCAAAACGAGUUCUUGAGAAAAGAAAUCUCAGAUGCCGCGAAUGCUGAGACUUUGGCGCAGCGCCAGAAGGACCAGCUGGAACAACUUAACAGACGCCUCGCUGAAGACCAGCGAGCUUUCGAGGACAAGCAGGAAGAUACUGCGGAACGAAAGCGAAGUGAGCGUCAGCAAAGAGACCGUGAAAUAGCUGAGUUGCAGCAAGAAAUCAAAGACCUUGAGCUGUUCCUACAAAUGAGGCGACGCUGCGAAGCAUCGGCAGAUGUUGCAGAACUGCAGACCGCCCAUCUGCUGGUCCUGCAGUUUAUGCCGUUGGACAACGUGACUGACCUGCUGGCGCACCAUCUGGCUACAAUGCCGUCUUCAUCUUCAUCGCCAGAUCUGUUGAAGGUCGACGUUGAUCACGCGGACUGCCUAUUUAUGCAUGAGGCCCUUCAAGUUAUCCGCCCCAAGCUCAUUCACGUUGAGUACAUGCCGCAGGCGCCUCCGCCUAUCGAAUAUGUUCAGCUCUACCAGAAUGCUUUGCUAAAGGUGGAUUUGAAUGGCCGAGCCGAGCCGCUUCUUCUCCAAGAACGUCUCUGGAAACCAUCCGCUCAGUUCAUGUGGUCGGCAGAACAGCUGCAGAAGAAGAUGCCUGUUGAUGAGCAAGCAGGUGGACGAGAAACUGACCGAAUUCGGAGUGGAAGCGGCCGCGAGAUGACGGGAUGUUCGCUGUCUGCUUUCCUUGUGCGUGCACCAGGCUACUCUUUGUUGGCUGCCGGAGAUGAGGAAGCACUGCUGGUCAGGAAAGACCUUCAGUCACUUUUCGGCAAACCGCCAGCUUUGCUAGAUGCUUGGCUCCGGGGUUCUUUCUGCAACCCUCGCAGGGUCAGCAACGCGCCAGAUUACGCGUCUUGGGGCUUCGACUUUCGCAUCUUGGCAGACAUGACGGUGCCUGUAGAAGUGCGGUGCCAGCAGCUGGAUCAGUUGCUGAAGGUCCCGUGCCCACCGGCUGCGCUUGCAGCUGCCUUGCAGAAGGCGGAAGGCAACGCAUCUCUCGGCUUAUUGGGCGAUGCGGAACUCCGGAACAGUUUUGCGAAGGCACUUGAGAGUCCCAGUGGCUUCCAGGAGCUCAACACUGAGUCCGGUUCGCAACUGGUGGACCUGUUUGCCAAGGUUCUGCAGGAUAAGCUCCAAUCUAUAAAAGUCAAGGCGAAGGAGUUCAUGAAAAAGCUUCCUACGGCAGGUGCAGCAAGCUAUGCAGCGGUUCUCGAAGCCUGCAAGAAGGAUUCGCUGCCGCAGGUUCUCCAAAGAGACUGGGUCCUCUGGCAUUCGGUUGGGAGCGGCCACUAUCCGAAGGACGUGCCAGCUCUGCCUGCCGCUGUGGUGAAUGAGCGGAUCGCGCUUCUGGCUUGCGUUGGUGACAGCCCUCUUGCAGACAUUGUCGUCAAGUCGCAUGUUCUUGAACAUUUGGACAAGUACCAGUCCUGGGAAGCAUCCAUGACCUCGAGUAAACCGCAGGCGCCCUCCAGUGGCGUCAAGACUCCUUUUGAGGCAAGCGUUGCCAAGCAGGUCUCUCUGCGCCGCGCCCUCUCACAAGCCUUCCCUGUCGACGUCGCAACAAAGGCCUCCGAGGCUGAUGGUGGAUACACAGCGGCCCUGAAGUCGCUUGCUGCCAAAGCACGAGCUUCUGCGGUUCUGCCAAAGUAUGUGGUGCCAAAGGAUGCAGCAGACAAGGAGCCUGGAAAGAAACGCAAGGCAGACUCCGCGGCUCCUGGAGGAGGUUUCGCCGCGCUGCACAAGUCCACCGAAAGCCAGGAGUAUCGGUGGCACAUGUUGGCUUACAGCAUCAAUCCUCAGACUACGCUUGGAGCGUCGGUGUCAAAGGGAAGCAAGCUCGGCAGCAGCCGGACGGAGGCUUCCUCGGCGGCACCGGGUGCAGCUUCUGAAAGCAAACCAGCAGGCUUUGCUGGAGUCUGGGCGCCCGGAGGCAAUAUGGUCCCACCAGGGCAUACGCCGUAUUCCUGGCAUCACCAGGCUUCUGGAAUGAAGGAGGGCUUCUCCACGAUAUGGGCGUCCCAGGGCUCGCAGUGCCCGCCUGGACACACGCCUUACUCCUGGGAAAAGGCCCUCAAUGGCGAUGGUGCCACUCCCGCAUCUUCUUCGCGCGGUGCAAAGAAGGCAAGCCCAGCUGCGCCAAAGGCUGAAUCUGGAAAGGCUGCAGCUGAACCCAAAGCUUCACCCAAGGCUCAGCCAGCGGCGAAUGCGCCUCCAGCAGAGAGCAAGGAGGCUGCCCUCGCGAAGAUAGAUCUUCGAUGUGGGCGAAUUCUAGAGUGUGAACGCCAUCCAGAUGCAGAUUCCCUCUACCUGUUGAAGAUCAACAUUGGUGAGGAUCAGCCGCGGCAGGUGGUGUCAUCUCUUGUGAAGCACUACAAAGAAACUGAUCUCAAAGACCGACAGGUGAUGGUGUACUGCAACAUCAAGCCUGGCAAGAUGCGUGGUCUUGAAAGCCAGGCAAUGGUGCUUGCGGCCACCAAGAACAAGGGUGCUGAGGACGAAGUCUGUGAGCUACUGGAUCCUCCCAAGGGCUGCAAAGAGGGCACGAGACCGAUUGUUGGAAGCCUCGAAGUUGGUAGUGGCAGCGAGGGCGUCAGUGUGAAGAACAUCUCCAAGGUGUGGGGGGUGGUGCAGCCAUCCUUGCAGAUGAGCGACACGCGCGAGGCCACCUUCGAGGGUACAACCCUGAUGAUGAAAGAGGGCCCAGUGACAGCCAAGUCGCUGUCCAGUGUGGGCAUCUACUGA